GUGCGUAGACUGAAACAUCCAGCGUAACCAAUGCACGCAUAUAUUGCACAACAACAGGGUAAAUUUCUAUCACUUUCAUUGGAUAUUGAGUACAUAUUAUCUUGUUUGCAAAAGUGUUCAUUGCCAUGAGGCUCUUGAGUAAAUUUAUAGAGCAAGACGUCUUGAAGACUGCAGGGAAAUUGGCAUGGGCGAGGUUCUUUUCAUCCACACCCAAAACUUUAACACUGGAUAAAGAGCCAGUUCGCUUUGCUGGUCGCGAUUUCCUUACCCUUCGAGAUUUUAACAGAUCAGAAAUAGAGCAUUUAUUGUGGUCUUCACUGUGUUUGAAAUCUCGAAUAAAAGAAAAUGGUGAGGAUUAUCGGCCGCUAUUAGGAAAGUCGAUUGGAAUGAUUUUCCAGAAGAGAAGUACAAGGACUAGAUUGUCAACUGAGACAGGAAUGACACUUCUCGGUGGUCAUGCCGCUUUCCUGGGACCAUCUGAUGUUCAUCUUGGAGUUAAUGAAACUAUAAAAGACAGCGCCAGAGUAUUGUCCGGAAUGGUUGAUUUGAUUCUAGGAAGAGUGUAUGAUCACCAGGAUAUAACAGAUUUGGCGGAUGAAGCUAGUGUUCCAGUUAUUAAUGGGUUAUCUGAUUUAUACCACCCAUUACAGAUAUUAGCCGACUUUGUCACUUUACAGGAGCAUUUUGGAUUUCUGCAAGGUUUGAAGAUAGCGUGGGUUGGAGAUGGCAACAAUAUUUUACAUUCUCUUAUGUAUGGCUGCGCUAAAUUAGGCAUAGAACUAAGUGUUGCUACACCUCUAGGCUAUGAGCCUGAUAAGGAAGUGACCCAGUAUGCAAUAAGUUUAGCUUCCCGUAAUAAAACUAAUUUCAAUUUGACCCAAAAUCCCUUUGAUGCUGUGUAUAGAGCUGAUGUUAUUGUGACUGAUACAUGGAUAUCGAUGGGUCAAGAGGAAGAAAAAAUAAAGAGAUUAAACGAUUUCUCUGCUUUCCAAAUAGAUCGUAAAAUGCUCAGAGAAGCCAAUGGCAAUUGGGUUUUCAUGCACUGUCUUCCAAGAAAACCAGAAGAAGUCACAGACGACGUCUUUUACUCUAAAAAUUCGCUUGUAUGGCAAGAAGCAGAAAAUAGAAAGUGGUCGGUCAUGGCAGUCAUGUUAAAUUUAUUGAAACAUUACGAACCAAAACUUCCUAGGCCUUUAUUUAUACGUGGGGAAAAGCAAUAAGUUACUGAGGUAGGUUCAUCCUCAUGUGAUUGUAACAUAAAAUAUUGGGAUGGUACUUUCAUGAUCUUUCAUAGUUGUUCAGGAUAUGUUUUGUUCACAUACUAUAGAUCAUAUAAAGAUUAAACUUAAAUAUGG